GAUUUAGCGCCAUGACUGUGGUAUCGCCUAAAACCGUAGCGUUGUGCAUCUCUCCACUCAUCUCUGGCUUUAUCUGACUCUAUCCGAAUCUAUUUGGCAGGCAACUUCUACGGAAAUGAGUAUUGAGAGGAUCUCUGGUGACAGUCACGCGUGCGCGUAAUUGCUCUUCGAAUUGCUGUGAUUCUUGUUUGCGAGGUGGAAGUGGUGAUCCGUGGUCGUGUGUUCAUCCAUGAUUCUUCAUGGUCGUCGGUGGGCCAUAAAUAGUCGAUCAGUUUGCUCAUCAUUUUUUACCAUUUUCUACAUGUCUAACCUAAAGCGCGGUGAUGUCCUCGUAUACGUUCGGGCAAAAGUUGUUCAAGCCGGUCCCUCCUGAGAAGGGCAGUUUCCCCCUGGAUCAUGAGGGUCAGUGUAAACGGGUCAUGAUCAAGUAUAUGCAUUGCAUGCAAGAGAACAAGAACGACAGUGCUAUGUGCAGAGAUGCGGCCAAGGAUUAUCUCGCCUGUCGGAUGGACCACAAUCUGAUGGCCCGUGAAGAUUGGUCGAAACUUGGCUUCAGCAAUGACACCAACAAGACCACGUAACGGCGUAGUACAUAUAGAUAUACCCCAGUAGCGAAGAAAGUGCACACUUCGUCUAGGCUGUUAAUUCUUGGUUACUGAAAAAACCUUGACGGAAUCAUCUCUGUAAAUUGUGCAUCUCAAGGAAGCCUCGUCGACGAAAGGUCGCUGAAUGAAAUAUAGAUAUAUCGUGCCUACGAAUAUCUUCAUUUAAAACACGUUAUAUGCGCAUGUAUCUUCAAAGGACUGUAAUCGUACACGCUUGUCAAUAAUUACCCGUAGUACAUUUGGUA